UCAGCCUGUCUUUGUAGGGGAGGUGCUACCUAAAAUCAGAGCCCCUGCAACGUGCAGUCAUGGGUCUGUUUACCUGUGCACAAGUGUAAUCAUACAGCUGUGUGCCCACGUGUCCGUGUGGUCGUGUACCCCAUGUACCCAUGCACCUGUGUGCCCACACACCCAAGUACACGUGUAACCUCAUACUCAUGUACCCCUGUACCUGCAUACUCAUGUAUCUGUGCACCCAUGCACCUGUGCACUUCCACACCCCUCUAUACAGAUACCUGUGCACCCCUGUUCCCGUGUCCCUAUGCAUCUGUGCCUCUGUGUGCCCAUAACUGUGCACCCACCACCCACAUACCCAGCAUCUCACCACCUGUCCCUUUGGACACUUGCAGCACCCCCUGCCCAUAGGCUCUGUGGGGAACAGAGCAGCCACCUCACCCCACCCGUCCCGUGACCCACAGCAGAGGUGUUAUAAUUAUCCUCUCCCCUGCAGCUGCCAAUAUUUACAGGUCUCCCUGUGCACUGGUGCUGUGAUUUGGAAGAACACCCUGUUUACUGGUGUGCCAGCUGACAGCCGGGCAAUGUGAUCGGUGCCGCUCCCAGCAGGGGCAGUUUGAAGGGGCCACGCUCCUGUUUUCCUGUUGAUGUUUCUGGGUCAGGUUUUGCAAACAAGCACAGGGCACGGCCGGGCAGGCAGGCUGUGCAGCAUGGUGCUGCUGUCCUCGGUGACCUCCUUGCAGGCUGCUAUAUGGAUUUUUGGGGUGCAGAGAAGCGUGAGGAGGGGAGGCUGCAUGCACCAAGCACACGUGCUGCAUCCCCCGUGUGCUGCGGUUCAGCUCAAAAGCCAUCAGCUGCCCUGCAGGUGCUUUGCACCCCACAAGUAGUCACAUUUUGGGGGGUUCAAAGGGCAAUGCUCCAUGCAAACCCCCAGCCUGGUGCUUUCUCAUCCCAACUCCACACAGCACCGACCCCCCCGGGUCCCCCGGUGUCCCCCAGCAGGGCCAUACGGACAGCAUGUCCCCAGCUUGUUUACUGCGGCCGCGCGCCUCGAUUGUCACCGCCAUGUGACAGGUGAUGCCUUCAGACAGCCGAGCCAGCUCCACGUGACUGCUGGGCAAUGGAUAAAAGCUGCGCGAGGGGCUCCGGCAGCAGAACUGGGGUUGCUCUGAGGAGGAGCAGUAGUGCCGUACCGAUGGAUUUCCAGCCCAGCAUCCUGCGCGAUGGCAGCCCCAUGGAGAGCCUGGAGAAGCAGCUGCUGUGCCCCAUCUGCCUGGAGAUGUUCAGCAAGCCUGUGGUGAUCCUGCCCUGCCAGCACAAUCUCUGCCGCAAGUGUGCCAACGACAUCUUCCAGGCUGCCAAUCCGUACUGGCAGAGCAGAGGCAGCAGCAUCAUUUCGGGGGGCCGGUUCCGCUGCCCUACGUGCCGCCACGAGGUCCUGCUGGACCGCCACGGUGUCUACGGGCUGCAGAGGAACCUGCUGGUGGAGAACAUCAUCGACAUCUACAAGCAGGAGUUCUCCAGCAGGCCGCUCAAGAAGGGGGAGCACCCCAUGUGCAAGGAGCACGAGGAUGAGAGGAUCAACAUCUACUGCGUCACCUGCGAAGUCCCCACCUGCUCCAUGUGCAAGGUCUUCGGUGCUCACAAGGACUGUGAAGUGGCCCCUCUGCAGAGCAUCUUCCAGGGCCAAAAGAGCGAGCUGAACAACUGCAUUUCCAUGCUAGUGGCGGGGAACGACCGCAUCCAGACCAUCAUCUCCCAGCUGGAGGAUUCCUGCCGCAGCACUGAGGAGAACAGCGAGGCGGCCAAGCAGGAGCUCUGUGCACGUUUUGAUGCGUUUGCAGCGCUGCUGGAGGAGAAGAAGACGGAGCUGCUGGGACGCAUCACCCGUGAGCAGGAGGACAAGACAGGCUUUGUGCAGGGCCUCAUCCACAAGUACAAGGAACAGCUGGAGAAAUCCAGCCGGCUGGUAGAGACGGCCAUCCAGGCCAUGGAGGAGACCGGCGGGGCCGCCUUCCUCAUGAAUGCCAAGCAGCUCAUUAAAACGAUUGUGGAGGCCUCCAAGGGUGGCAGGCUGGAGAAGAUUGAGCAAGGUUAUGAGAACAUGGACGCCUUCACAGUCAGUCUUGAGCACCUCGCCGAUGCCGUCCGCGCCCUGGACUUUGAGCCAGAUGAGGAAGAUGAGUUCUAUGAGGAGGUAGAAGAAGAUACAGGAGACACAGAACCCGAAAGGGUGGUGGAAGCCCCCCAGUAGGACGCAGGAUGUCCAGGACAGAACCUGGGGACACGCUGACGGGGCCAGCCAUCCAGCUCCAGUACAGGACACUUUUCUAUACGGGUGCCAAGAGGACUAUUCCGCACAUUUUAUAUGUUCCUUGUUUUGUAUAUAAUUGUAAUGGAGUUG